CUACAAAAUGAGCUUUGUGUGUGUGAGUGUGAGUGAGUGAGGUUACGUCCACAGCCGGCUAAGUCCCUGCCGAGCGAAAGACGCCGUGUGGUUACCGCCUCGCCUUGAGCGGUACCUGUUCUGCAGGUACUGUAGGCUCCGCGGGAUCCCAGGGCGACGGCCGGGCGAGUCGUAUAUAAUCACCUGAGACGGCGAGGAGAGGCGUGUGGGCUGCUAAACACGGAAGUCGCAAAGUUAAAAUCUCGAGUCGGCGAAGGAGAGAGGUGCAACUCCGGCCGGGGGAACGGUACAGCGCAGGAAAAUCACAGUGCAGAAACCAUGAAUUCCGCUCGGGGUUCACGGGGAAGGCGGUGCGUCGCUACUUAGAACGUACUUCUUAAAACGUUUUGUCGGGUUUUUUUUUUAAUUUUCUGGGAAGAGUCGUUGUUCUUCUUGUUGUUGUUUUGGCUCUGGGUUCCCCGCCUCGGCAUCCGCGGCAACCCAACCCGUCUGACGGCCUCGGGUGAACUUGAGGCGAGCAGGAGAGCGGCAGGACAUGUCUCGGCUGGAGACCAGCCGAGGCGCGCCGCGCCACCCCGCCGGCGGAUCCGGGGGCGUCUCCGAGACGGGCUCGGGGGGUCCCCGGAGCCCCGCCGACUCGUCACAGGGGGGCUCCCCGAAACCGGCAGCAGCUGACGACGCGGGUUCGGAGAGCCUCGAGGACACCAGCUACAGCACGAGCGCCGUCAACCAGAUGUUGAUGGAGGUCCUCCUGUACUUCGGGAGGGCUUUCGUGUUCCUCUUCCCCGUGUACCUGACGGGCUACCUGGGGCUCAGCAUCAGCUGGGUCCUCCUCUGCCUGAUGCUGUGGACGUGGUGGAGGAGGAACAGGAAGGUGAAGAGCACCCGGCUGGAUACGGCUAUCGACUUUUUGGAGAACGAGCGGUUUGUCAUCAACGAGGAGAUGAAGGCGUUGAACAUGCCCGCUUGGGUCAACUUUCCAGAUGUUGAAAGGGCUGACUGGCUGAACAAGGUACUGCAGCAGGCCUGGCCUUUCUUUGGAAUUUAUAUGGAAAAGUUAUUGAAGGAAAAAAUCCAGCCGUCGAUCAGAGCAUCCAGUCCACACCUUAAAACCUUCACUUUUACAAAGGUCCACUUUGGGCAGAAGCCUCUCAGGGUCACUGGGGUGAAGGCGUACACGGAGGAGGUGGACAAGAGACAGGUCAUCCUGGACCUCAAUUUAAGUUACGCUGGAGAUGUGGAUAUCGAUGCAGAGGUGAAGAAGCCCAUCACAGCUGGGGUAAAAGGCAUUCAGUUAACCGGGCUGCUGCGGGUGAUUCUGGAGCCCCUGACUGGCCAGUCCCCCCUAGUCGGCGGCGUCACCAUAUUCUUCAUCCGCCGGCCGCAGCUGGAUAUUAACUGGACUGGAUUAACAAACUUGCUGGAUUCCCCAGCGCUGAAUAACAUCUCUGAGGACGCCAUCUUGAACAUCAUCUCCUCCUUCAUGGUCCUUCCCAAUCGCAUGUGUUUCCCACUCAUCGAUCAAGUGCAGGUGGCUCAGAUGAGGUUCCCUCUUCCCCGAGGUGUCGUCCGGGUUCAUCUCAUAGAGGCGCAGGACCUCAUGGCGAAAGACACCUACAUGCUGGGGAUGGUGAAGGGCAAGUCGGACCCCUACGCCAAGCUGCGGGUUGGCACGCAGGCGUUCAAGAGCAAGACCAUCAAGGAGAACCUGGACCCCCGGUGGGGGGAGGUCUAUGAGUUUGUUGUACAUGAAGCUCCGGGACAAGAGCUCGAGGUGGAACUGUAUGACGAGGACACGGACAGAGAUGACUUUCUUGGACGGAUGAAGCUGGACCUGGGGGACGUGAUGAAGGAGAGGCUCCUGGAUGAGUGGUUCGAGCUGGAGGAGGCCGAGACUGGGAAGCUGCACCUCAGGCUGGAGUGGCUGUCGCUGGUCACGGACCUGGAGAAGCUGGAGGAGACCCGCGAGGGCCGCGCCUGUGCCAUGCUGGCUGUGUACUUGGACAGCGCUUCCAGCCUGCCGAGGAACCUGACGGAGUACAGCGGCACCGACUAUGGAGGGAAGCACAACAAGCAGGCCAAGCAAAGCAAGGUCACCCGGAAGAAUGACAACCCCAGUUCCUACGCAGAACUUACUGUAGAGCAGCAGACCCAGAAAAGCAACACCAUACAUGCAACUAAGGACCCAGUGUGGGAAGAGUGUUUCACUUUCUUUGUCCACCACAUUCAGAAUCAGUCUCUCAUUGUUCAGAUCAAAGGCAGCGACAAGAAGGUUCCUCUGGGGGUGCUGGCGCUGCCCCUCGGCCGGCUGCUCACCGCCACAGACAUGACCCUGGACCAGCGCUUCCAGCUGGAGCGCUCGGGGGUGAACAGCUUCCUCAAGAUGAAGGCCACGCUGCGGUUCCUGGCUCACGAGAAGCCCCAGCCUAAGAAGGUGGACCCAAAGCUCAACGCCCGGGCGCGGGGGCCAGCAAAGGGGGCGAACAAGCCGUCCUCCCCGCUGCCCAGCCCCAGCGAGCCCCUGCCCAGCCCGGACCGCGAGGUGCGCAGCCCCCUGGGCGGCGAGAGCGGGAGGAAGGCCCCGUCCCUCCGACCCAACGGCCAGUCGGAGGGCAAGCCCACCGCCCCCGCCACCCCCUUCGUGCGGGACGUCUCCAGCGUCCACAGAUACGACUCCAGCAGCAUGCUGUCCAGCUACUCGGUGGCCUCCUCCCGCUACGACCUGACGGAGGGGGGGGGUUCGUAUCCUGAAGCCAUUCUAAGCCAUCAAGGAGGAUUUGGGGAGAUUCAGCUGUCUGUACGUUAUGCCGCACUGAGGAAACAGCUGCUUGUCCUGGUGAACUGUUGCAGGAACCUGGUUUCCUGCGGUGACCAAGGAUCCGAUCCCUACGUGCGGAUAUAUUUGCUCCCCGACCGGAAGUGGAAGCACAGGAAGAGAACACUAGUGAAGAAGAAAACGUCUGAUCCCGUUUUCGAAGAGAAGUUCGAGUUCUCCGUGUCUCUGGAGGAAGCAAAGACAAGGCAACUGGACGUUGCAGUGAAGAACAACAGGACAUACAAAAAGCGAGACAGGAAGGAAAUUGGGAUGGUCCUGAUUGAUCUGUCUCAAGACGAUUUGAGAAAGGGCUUUACAAACUGGUACGAGUUGUCUUUACCAGGAGUACAGAAAUAAGGAGUUUUGCACGGGGAAGGAAUAUGUGAUACAAGGAUGUGGACAAAAACACAUUGCUUAUUUUUUUCAGCUGACGUCUUUGUUUUACUAAACUUCAUGCAGUGUGCUUCAGUCACUUUUAAGGCCAUUACGGUCAUACUUUGAUCUGGAAUGUAACAGUAAUUUCGCUGGAGAAUUGUGUAUAAAUCUGUGAGAAGAAAAGUCUACGAUCAAGUUAGUCUCAACAAAACCACCUCCUGUCUUUCAGAUCUCCUUAACCUCUCUGAAUGCUACAGUGAUCUGUUGGGUAUAUCGGGGGUUUCUCUGCCAUUUCUCCCUUACAUGUGUAAAAAAUAUUUAUAUAUAUUUUAAAUACAUUUCAGAUGCUAAAAAAAAAAUCUGUAAGAAAGAUUUUAGGUAUUUUUAAACAGACCAUUCUGUGGGGAUCAGCAAAAUGCCAAAAAGUACCUUUUGGUCAAUAAAGGAUGGCUUUUGAUAAAACCAACCAUCCAGUGGUGCACUGUUGUGUAUGAACACAUCCCACGUGGUGAAGGACCCUGUAAACGAAAGAUCCAAAUAUUGUUCAUCUGGGUGUCGGGUUUCAUUUUUAAAUUCCAGCACAAUGGGUAACGAAGGAGAAAAGUUUAAUUCUCCCACCCCCCCCCCCUCUCUCUCUCGGAUCGUUUAAUCAAAACCCAUCCUCAGCUGAUCCUAUGGAAGGUGAGAUCGAGAAAUGGCAACAAUGUCUGAAAAUAUAGAAAGAACUAUUGACUGUUGAGACCCCCUGUACGCGGCUGUGCAGUGUAAUUGCAAUGAGGACAUUGGAUGGGUGCCCCCUGUAGGCCAUGUACAGUAUCUUGCUUGGUUCCCAUGAAUUGACUGGUACGCUGCUGACCGAAGGCAGGCAAGUGUGAAAAGUGCACAGCACUCCUCCUCCUUCAUACCACUGUACUGCACUGCAAGACACCAGGCUCGUUACCUUUGUUAAGCAAUCACAGACAUGGAGGGCCCUGGGCCUUAGGACCCAUUCAAAAUGGCACAGGACAGGUUGGUUCCCUAUGACUGCAGUGCCAAAAAGAAUACAUGUACUUUUCAAUGAAACUUGUUUUAAGACACAAAGAGAUGUGUUUCAUUGUGGAAUGUUUUUUUGUGUACAUAGGUGUAUGGAUAUAAGGCAGAUUUUUAACUGUAUAUUUUUUUUCUUGUAAAAGAU